AAGAAAUCAGGUGUUUUACGACAACAACAAAAUUAGAUUGAGCCCCGUUGAACCUCAAGGAGAAGCUCUUUGAUAGGGUUUGGAGCUUAAUCAAGGCAACCACUUCACUCCACUUCGAUCCAUUGUGGCCAUAUGCAGUGGGGCAAAGGGGUAGUGGGGCAGCAAGAAACAAUGGAGGGUGGGACUAAGUCCCAAUCUUAACCGAUUGCUGGAGGAAGAACACUCUCGAAUUCCACGAACAGGGUCUUCCCUAACGGAAGCGAGUUUUGGGUCCCCUAAAUCGGAAUAAACGUGGGAGAUCAAUGGAUCAAAAAGAUUCACCCCGGACUCUAAGGAGAAAAAAAUUCCCUGGUCCACCCUCUACUUGGGGGUCCCUCUUCAGACUCUGAAGAGAUACAUUAUGUCGUUGUCCACAGAUUUAGCGAUGCAUCUCUUCACGAAUAAUACGCUGCCUUACAAAUAAAGUCCACUAGAUGCAAAUAUGGUUGACGCAGGCGCUACUAUCCUACCUCUUGAAGGUUUCCCUCUAACAAUAUUCGUCGUAUCUAUCGUCGGUCUUCUCAUCUCAACAAUCACUAUAGCAGUGAGAACCUAUGUCAGAAUUCAAGAAAAUGCAUUUGGGUGGGACGAUAAGUUGAUAGUCCUGGGAUUGGUAUGACCGUCUCUUCAACCUUUGUGUUACCAUUGAUAUUAACCCUCAUAGAUGGUUUUCAUCGUCGAUGUCAGCCUAGCUUGUCAUGGCACUCAAGUCGGCCUCGGUUCGCGCAACGGUAGACUGAACGCAUACUUCGAGGUACAAGGAACGAAAUACCUAAUGCUCUGGAUGAUGCUGUACGUCUUAGGUCUCGCAAUCAUCAAGAGCUCCAUUUGUGUGACCCUUUUGCGUAUUGCUAGCUCACAGAAGAUGUACCGGUUUUUCGUGUUGGGCUUACUAACUCUCACCAUCGCUACCUUCUUGGUGACUAUGAUUGGGCUCCUACUUCUAUGUAGACCUGUGGCUGCAAAUUGGGAUACAUCAUUGUUAGCAGAUGGAAAAGGGACAUGUUCGGGUAUGGGCACAAUGAUUGCAUUGAGUUACACCUCCACAGCCUCUACCAUUGUGACAGACAUGGCUUGUGCCAUAUUCCCGGGCGUAAUGCUAUACAGGACGCAAAUGCCAUUGGGAAGGAAGAUAUCUGUGGGCUUGCUUCUGUCCUUUGCUUCUGUGUAGGCCCAUUUUCCGUCCUUUGCUUCCCUGAUGUAGCUAACCAGAGUCUGCACUCAGUGCUUCGAUAUCCACCAUGAUCCGUUCACCGUACAUCGAACGCUAUCGCAAUCCAACAGACAACCUGCUCUGUAAGAUAUUCUGCAGACUUCCUUUUCUGACAACAGUACUUACACCUCUCUAGACUAUACUGGAUUCAUCGUUCUCCUAUCCAACAUAGAAACCGCCAUUGGCUGCGUCGCAAGCUCACUCCCAACAGUGGGCCGCUUCAUUAUUCGCAACAGAGCUAAGAAAAGUUCCGCUUCGAGAUCGCAAGGCGCCAAGGACCUUGUCACAUAUGGUAGUGCACCCAUCAGUGGUCGAAAUAAUGCCAAGGGUCGUGUGUUCCGCAAUCCUACCGACACCGGCACGACAUUCACCACAGUCCACGCACAUGGUGAUGGAGAUUGGAGCAGAUUGCACGACGCGGAUUCCGACCAUAUCCCGAAUCUAGAUGCUGAGCACGGAGUUCCCGCUGAUGAUACUUAUCAGGUGGAAUUGUCAAAGUCGCCAAAACAUACUCAGUCGGAAUCGGUCAGGGAGCUAGCUCAUGAUGGCUCUUCGCAUUGAGGGUAAAAUUAACCCCUUUUUGUUUUUUCUUUCUGUUUUUUUAACCAAUAAAUGCGUAUAUGGUCGUCAUUCCGACACAGGGCGUCCAAUAUUCUGGACUCUCGGGCUAAGUGUGAAGAUUUCUGCAGUGUUUGAGCAACUUCAACAUGGGAACUUGGUAAUCUUUGGUUAUAGUUUAAUACCCCCUUCUAUCAUGUUAUUUAAGCCAGCGUAGACACAGUGGUACAGUUAGAAAGGCUACAUGGAAUAGGAGUAUUCUAAUUAUGGAAAGGUUAUGAUGAGAUGACAUCAUGACUGUAUUUUUAGUAUCAUCUUUAUAAUUCUUCCAAGAGGAUAGGAUAAAUCUGCCUCUACAAUGGUGGACAUGAUAGCUUUUUCACGGAAUUUUCGGGAUAUUGGAGUUUCAUUCUAGAUUUGGGAUAAAAGGAA